GCUCGAAGAUUCCCGCCUCCGAGCGAUGCUCCCUCCGGAGAAUGCUUACCGCCUCCGAGCGAUGCUCCCUCUCGGGAAUGCUUCCCGCCUCCGAGCGAUGCACCCUUGGGGGAUUGAUUCAUGCCUUCCGCCUCCGGGCAAGGCUAAAAUACCGCCUUUGAGCGAUACACCCUUCGAGGAUUGAUUCAUGCCUUCCGCCUCUGAGCAAGGCUCUUAAACCGCCUAUGAGCGAGGCUCCCCCCGAGGAAUGCUUCCCGCAUCUGAGUGAUGUUCCCUCUUUCGAAUGCUUUCCCUCUUCCGAGCUAUGUUCCCUCAUUGGAAUGCAAUGCGCUUCCCGAAUGAGCGAAGGAGCGAUGCGCUUUCCAGGAAGCCUAAGAAGCAAUGCGCUUCUCAGGAAGUCGAAGGCGCGAGGCGCUUCCCAGGAAUCCGAGGAGCGAUGCGCUUCCCAAGAAGCCGAGCAGCGACGCGCUUCCCAGGAAGCGAAGGAGCAAUGCGCUUCCCAGGAAGCCGAAGGGGCGAGGCGCUUCCAAGCCGAAGGCGAGAGGUGCGAUGCGCUUCCCAGGAAGCCGAGGAGCGGCGGGCUUCCCUGGAAGCCGAGGAGCGACGCACUUCCCAGAAAGCCGAGCAGCGACGCGCUUCCCAGGAAGCCAAGGGAGCAAUGCACUUUCAAAGAAGCGGAGGAGCGAUGCGCUUCUCAAGAAGCCGAGGGAGCAAUGCCCUUCCAAGGAAGCGGAGGAGUGAUGCACUUCUCAGGAAGCCGAAGGCGCGAGGCGCUUCACAGGAAGCCGAGGAGCGAUGCGCUUCUCAGGAAGCCGAGAGAGCUAUGCGCUUCUUAGGAAGCAACGGAGCGAUGCGCUUCCCAGGAAGCCGAAGGCGCGAGGCGCUUCCCAGGAAGCUGAAGGAGAAGCGCACCCCAGGAAGCCGAAGAAGCACUAAGCUUUCCAGAAAGCUUAAAGACAAAGGCGAAGUACUAAGCUUCCUAGAAGAGAACAGUGAUCUUGCCUCACACAAGUAAGACAUUAACAAGACACAUGAAUUCCUAAAAACAUGGACGCGAUAUUGGUGAGACACGAAGCAAGAGCGUCUUGAGUUAAAACUCUCAAGCCGUAGGGGCCACCUUACCUAGGUCGCAAUUAUGGUCCAGUAGCGCUAACAACAAUGGACUAGCGAAGGAACUCUUAACGACUUGAGAGAUUUGGUUCAAGACAUCGAAAGUCAAGCAAGGGGCAAAGGAAAUGAUCACACAACUCGCGCAAGGGGCAAACCGCAUCAUCCAGAUUCGUAAGUAAGGCAAAUUAAUACACGAUUAACGCAUUA